AUGGGGGCAGCCAUAGGUGGAGCAGUUCGUGACAAGCCCGCAGACGACUCGCCUUGCGUCGUGUUAUCGCCACACUUGUUGCCAUCUCUGUACCAACAAAGAGUGACGCAACUAAUACGGGAGACUGCAGACUUGCCUCCAGGCGAAAGCUUGGAGACGACCCUCCGACGCUGCAUCGCUUUCUGCUACAACGUAACUCCAGAAUGGGCGCCGCAUGUCCGAGUUACAGUUUAUGCCGACAAUGUCAGUGAGCACCAAUUGAACGUGCCUGUGCUCAGCACUUUGCUAUGCUGUAUGGGGGAAAGAGGCUUUGAAGCCGAAGCAGUUCCGUGCAAGCCCAUACCCGGCACGGACGUGCAUGAAGGUGUGAUUCGGCCGAGCGUAUUCUGGACUCGACUCGUUUCUUCUGACGGACGUCUCCAUUUCCGGAGCCUGGCGCACAGCUACUUGAAGUGGUUCGUGGAUCUUGAAGAUACAGACUCCCGCAAGCAACUGCUGGUGAAUAUCCUCCUACAGAUGCAUGAGGCCUGCUACAACUGUGUAGGUCGACACAAAGAGGUGUUUGAGUUCUGCAUUUACGAUUUAAUGACGGCAGAGCAGAUGCAGAAGCCAGCUGCCCAACCGUCCAAUAGCUGCCACACCGUCAUUUUCCAGCAUGCCGCACGCUUCUUGGAUCGGCACAAGCGGAAUGCAUUACAUGCCGCUUAUCUGAGUCCAUUGAAGUACAUGUUCCAACACAUCUAUGAAGUGUAUGAGAAUUUGGACAGCCAUGGAUCAUCCUUUUGGGUGGCGGUCUUGAGCAUCUUCUUCCCUGAUCUCAACAUGCCUUUCGAGCGGAUUGAGCAGCUGGACACUGGCUGGGGCUGGGCGGCGGUCGAUUUCCUUCCAUCGAUGUCAUCAAAACCGUCGAGUAUUGCACUAGAGAGGUUUUCGAACCCUGAGAAUCUGGGCCGAGAUUGGCGCUCGCUUACGCGGGACCUACCUGCCCCAUCAGCACUUCCCAGGCGCUUUCGAUAUCUCCCACUGACUCCUGGGCCUAGAGGCUUUGAAGAGGCUUUGCGGCGCAUCCACAGCCGCCAAAGCGUGCGGCAGCAGUUUGCACGAUACGUGGAACGGUUCACGUCUUUCAUGCAAGAGGACCUUCUCUUGAGAUGUUGGGCUAUGUCUGCAGUGAGUUCUGAAAGAUGGGAUGCUGAGCUAGGUCCAGCCCUGUCAACCUUGUCAGAAGAUACAGUGGGUCAGUAUCACCUGGGCAUAAGGAACUUUGCCUUUCUGCACGGGGGUCUCGUUGCGAAGCGCCUCCUGCCCGCAGGAAACUCCCGAGACUAUGCAAUGGCACACCUCGAAGAUGAGUUUGAAGCAACUGACGUUGCGAAGCGAGGCGUCUUGUCUGUCAUGGAGUCGCUGGACUUGCUUCAGAACUUGGCGGUUCCGGGACUAACUUGUGCCGACCUUGGAAAGCUCUUGGAGAAGGAGCUCGGCCUCGAGGUUCCUCGUGCUGAGCUGCAGAAGUACUUCACCACGAUGGAUGUCAAUGGCGAUGGUCUGCUUCAGGACGAGGAGUUCAUUCAGGUGGUUCGAUUCUUGAUGCUGGACUACUAUCCCCAUCACAUUCUGAAGCACCUGAACUUGAGUUUGCCACAGAUCGCUCUUUUCAUGAGCGGGGUGUUGGCUGCGAUCGGCGUGGUGUUCCUUCUUGUGACGCUCGUGAUCUCAUUCUUCGAAGUAGGGGAGGACAUCGGAGCAACACUCCAUGGGGGCUUCAGCGGCAUCUUCGGGGUCGUCGGCAAAAGGCUCAGCGAUGAAGGCAUAGGCUUUGAAGACACCAUGAAGAACUUGGAGCUCAGGCUGGAGGCGAUGAUGGUCACUGCGCUGGUGACAGUCCUCGGCCUUUCAAAGGAAAUGCAGGAUGUGUUCUCAAAUGUGAUUGCUUCAGCUGAAGCUCGUUUAGUCUAG